GGUGAUAUACGUCAUUUCGUAAUAGAUAAUCGCGAGAAACAAGACUAUUGAUUGAGAACUAAUUAGACGCAUGUUUGUAAGCAAGUGUGGUGCAUGUUCAGUGGAAUAAUAGCAAGUGGCAAUGGAUCCCGAGACUAAUAAUAAUAAUGACAGUGUUCCUGAAAUGGUUAAUAAUACAAGUCAUAAUGGUGAUGCCAGACAUUUUGACAGAACUUCAAUCGCUUCAACUGAUAGUAAUGCAACUCCGCUGAGAUCCAAAAUAUCUACACUAUUACGACCCCGAAGCAGUAGAAGCAGUAGAAGAACAAGUGACACCUCAGCGCUGGAGUCAGUGUCUGCUUCAUCACGCGCGGUUGUUCCUGUUAGGAACAUAGAUCCCAGUUUGAUACAGAAAACACAACCAAAAGGAUGGCAUACAAUAGUUAACAUAGUCCUCGUGGAGGCCAAAGGUCUGCCGGAUCCACCAGAUGACAGGAGUUCACAUAAUCUGUACUGUAAAUUUCGGCUGGGCUCAGAAUCGCACAAAUCCAAGGGAGUACCAAACACAGCCCAACCGGAAUGGCGGGAAAGAUUCGACUUGCAUCUCUACAAAGACCACUUGCUGAAGCUCUCGCUGUGGGACAAAGGGAAACAGAAAAACUUUAUGGGAAGUUCCGUCUUGGACUUGGCUGAGUUAGAAAAGGAGCGGACCCAUGAGAUCUGGCAAGAACUGGAUGACGGUUUUGGAACAGUUCACUUUUCCGUCACCUUGUGCAAAGUGCGAAAUAACGUUAACACUUUCAACGGUCAGCUAGCUGAGGGUGUGGUUAGGGCUAAAAAUGCCAUUAACACUUUGAAAAGCGAUUGGAAGCUAGUGGGCCAGCUAUACGUGAAAGUGACGGGUGCUAAAGGGUUAAAUGGAAAACCCAACGCAUACUGCACACUGGAGGUAGACAAUGAACGGGUACAAACCCACAGCUGCCGCGCCAGCUCCGAACCUACUUGGGACAAAAGUUAUGUGUUCAACGUCUACGACGUAACAUCGACUUUAGACUUAAGGAUCUACGACAGUUCCAUCGUAGCUGCGUUACGCACCGACACCUUAGGAAGGCUGUCUCUACCUCUACUGAGGAUCAGUAACGGAGAGUCACGAUGGUACGCCCUGAAGUCACGGAACAUGAGGGACGGUGCCAAAGGCAACUGCCCAAGAGUCCAACUGGAAAUGACUAUGUUUUGGAAUCCGGUGAAAGCAACAGUAAGAUUGUUCCGCCCAAAAGAAGUGAAACACAUCAAAAAGCCCCCAAAGUUCGACGUGGCUCUCGUAUACAGCAACAUGGAGUUCGUGAGGGAUACAUUUACAUUCCUUCAUUAUUUUAACGAGCAAUACAAGAAUCUGUUCGAAUGGGAAAACCAGGAGUUGUGCUUUGUAACCCUAGUAGGGUGGCUCCUGUUCUGGCUCCACUUUAGUCUGUGGGCUACACCAUUGUUGUUGCUGCUGCCUUUCUUCUACUUCUAUAUUACACAGUCUUGCAAUCAACAAGACAGAUCAAGUCCGCGAAAUUCUAGUUCUGGAGAUGAGAGCCCUGAACCAAAUGAACACGAAAAGACUGAGAAGGGCCUGACUAGCAAGAUAUCAGGCCUGCCAGAGAUGACUCUGACCAUCACUGGCGGGGUUGAGUAUUCAGUUUCAUUGGCCGAAAGACUUUAUAAUUUGACCAGCUUCAAAGUGCCUUUCUUAAGCUUUUUAACAAUGAUGUUCCUGAUGAUGUCGGCAUUUGCUUUCUACUUUAUUCCGGUCAACUACAUGAUGAUGGCAUUUGGUUUAUUUAAAUACUCGAGAAGAUACAUCAACCCAGAGUGGAGACAAAACAAUGAUCUACUCGAUUUUCUAUCAAGAGUUCCUGACAACGAAAUUUUGAAAAAUUGGAAGGAGUUGAAUGUGCCAGAACCCAGUGUGAAGAGGCAGGGGACAUAUAAAAGACGAGUAUCUGAUAGUUCAUCGUGAUAUUAUUAUUAUUAUGAAAAUUAUUUUUAGUUGAUAAUUAACUACCAAAGGGAAGUGUUAGUUUGCACUUAACCCUUCGAUUGAUUUUGGUACAUAGAUGUAGGUAUACUUAUUUAUACAGAGAAAGAUAUCUGGCAAAUAAAAGUAGACCCUAAAUUUGUUCAGGUAGAGCCCAUCUCUGGUGGCUCUACUACGAAUCAUUCGACGAAUUCGACCAGUAAAUUAAUGAAUCAUUCUAUUAUAAUUGGGGUAUUUAGCUUUACCUUGUAAGAAUUUAAUAGUCCAGUUCAAAGAGUUAAAAUGGCGCUGAAUGGCGGUUAUGCUAUCAAUAAAAAAAAGGUUUUAUUAUUUCAAUACAGGAAUACAGGUGUAACAUAAAGACCGUGCAAAACUUAAGGAGACGGACGAAUAACGGCGAUUAUUUUACUUAGGUUUUUUGUCUAGAUGGUCAUCCAUUAGUCUAUUUUCUUAUGUUUCACACGGUCUUUAUUGGACACCCUGUAUGUAUAGGGCAUUAUUUAGAGACGUAACACUUAGAACGUUGAGCGGUAUAUACUUAAGUUAAUAGCUUGUCUUUUGUCUCCGUACCUAAGGCGAUACAUAAAAGAUCAUAGUCGCCAAUAUUAUCAAUUAAAUUAAGAACAAUGUUAAGUAGUUUGUGUCAAACUUAAGUGGGUUCUAUUAUAAACCUAUUUUUUACGACUUUAAAAUAAAAAAGUAUAAUAAUAAAAUAUUUGUUUAAUUGUUAUCUCUUAAAACUAUGGAUCACAAUGGCGUUAGUAACCUAUUAAUUAAUUAACCAUUACGUCCUAUUUAAGUAAUGUCUAUCUAUUAAAUAAAUAUCAUCUAGCUGCGUCCUUGAAAUUAUCCUCAACAAAUUGUAUCCAUAAAUAAUUCUAAUAUAAUUUUAGGCAAGAAUUUGGCAUAGGAAAUA